AUGGUCACCUCAACCUCGACACCGGGCUCAAUCGAGAUCGACGUGAUCUGCUUGACGAUGUCCGAGGGGGCGUGCAGGUCGAUGAUACGCUUGUGGAUGCGCAUCUCGAAGCGGUCCCACGUGUUGGUACCCUCACCACAAGGCGACUUGCGCGUGGUAAGACGCAGGAUCUUGGUGGGGAGACGCACGGGGCCAGACACCUUCAGGUUCUUGUCCACAGCGCCGCGCUUGAGGUCAGCGCACACCUUCUCCAGGUUCUUCACGUUACGGCUCGUGAGCGUAAUACGAAUGCGGUGGAUGCGUGUCUCCUCCGCCUCGACGCUUUGGACUGACAGUAACCUGAAUCCAAAAUGA